AUGCUACUAAGACCAAUUUCUCAUUUGAUUUUAUAUUCCUUUACCUUUGGUGGGGCUGUAUUUUAUUCCUAUGUAGCUAGUCCCAUUGCAUUUAAAACUUUGGCAAGAGACCAAUUUUCAGUUUUACAAAGUAAAGUGUUUCCUUGGUUCUUCACCAUGCAAUCCUUGUCACCUGUUGCAUUGGCUCUAACUUUGCCUAUCCCAUUGGCUACCCCGGCAUACUAUGCUCUUGGCAGCUCCUCCAUUAUGGGAUUAAUUAAUUUGUAUGGGUUGUUACCAUGGAAUAAGUCAAUUAAGAUUAAAAGACAAAAGUUACAGAAAAAAUUUGAUAGGGGUCAGUUGACUAAAGAUCAAUUCGAUGCAUUGGAUACACCAUUGAAAAAGGAGUUUGGAAAAGCCCAUGGUCUGAGUCUUCUUUUUAAUAUGGGCCAUAUUUUGGCUAUGUUGGCAUAUGGUUGUUAUUUGACUUCUGGAUUAUUGCAUUAUAUUCCAAAAUAA